UUCAACAAUCUCAAAAACGUUUAAUUUUAGUUAAAUUUGUGAGAACUGAUAGUUUUAAAAUGGCAGGAGAAGUGCUUGUUGAUGCGCUUCCGUACAUCGAUCUUGGUUACGAUGAUCCAGGAGUUCGGGAAGCGGCAAUCGCCAUGGUUGAAGAGGAAUGCCGCCGUUACCGACCCACGAAAAACUAUCUAGAACAUCUUCCCACUCUGAAUACGGCCGCCUUCGAAAGCGAACUGAUGACGACGGAAUUUGAGCGAAUCCAGAAUCGUCUACCCAUGGAACCGUUGAGCAUGAAGCGUUAUGAGCUUCCACCUCCACCCGGUGGCAAAAUGUCCGAAGUACCCGCAUGGACCGAGAGUGUGGACAACUCGAUGGCACAGCUCGAACAUCAGGCCAUCCGGGCGAUGAAUCUCGACCUGAUGAUGGAAUAUGGGUGCGAAAUGUGGAAGUCCUACCUGGAGGUGCUAACGGCUAUGCAAGCCAAAGCUCAGGCUCAACUGGAAGCCAUCAAGAAGGAGAUCCAGGAUGUCAACUGGAAGAGAAAAACGAAGCAGACACAAGGUGGUGAAAAGUUGCGGUCCUUGGAGGCGCAGUGGGUCAUGCUGGUGUCGAAGAACUACGAAAUCGAACAAGCAUGUGCUAAACUAGAGGAGCGGAUUUACCAGAAGAAAAGUCAAAAACAGGCACUAGAUGGAAGUCAGGAAUAAAUGGUUUAAAUUG